AUGCGCGUUGGUAGACAAAACGCCUGUAGAAAUAAAUUUGUUGAGCUUUUUGUCGUUUUAAUAACCUAAUGCUAAGGCCUCUGAAAGUAGCCGUAGAAGCUAUAAGUCGACAAGAUGCGAAAAUCCUUACGAGCGAUGCAAUUUUAGCAGUUCUUCUCCGCACUAUUAGACAAAUUGACACGCCUCUGUCGGACAAGCUUUAUUUAGCUCUAGAGAAACGAGUGAAAAAGCGAAGGGAUGCACGGUUGUACACACUUUGUAAAUCCUGAAAGCCUGUCAUCAAGCAGCUUGGAAACUACAUCAAAAACGGUGAUGAUAAAAUACGCUGAAAGUUUCUUUGAUCGUUUGUUUGCUGCAUCGGGUAAUGAGGAUACGGUGGGCAUUCACAACAGUUCUGCUGAUGAAGAGGACAACCUCAGUCUGAGAACUCUGAGAGAUACGGCUAUGGCUAUGGCUAACAAUAACAAUGAUAAUAUAUCAUUUGAAUCUGAAUUGAAUGAAGCCAUAAACAAAGCUACUGCGUCUAUUUCGGCAACUAAGAUUGAUCGCUCUAAGUUAAAGAAGGAAUUCCAGUUAUUCGAAGUUUCCAAGCAACGCACUUCUAAUCUAGUACUUCUUUACAAGGCCCUGUUAACAGUCAAGCCUACAUCAACCGACAGCGAAAGAACGUUUUCGGUAGCUGGGAAUUUUGUGACAAAAACCAGAAACAGAGUUUCAGAUAAAUCUCUACAUGCAAUUGUAUUUUUAAAAGCUCGCUUUUUACAAGCUAAGAAAGACUGA